AUGCCAAACCCUUCACAACUCCUGCUCCUUGCCGACCAUAUCAAGCUAUCGCUCCUCGAACGGCAACGAGCCAUCUCGCUCGACCUCGAACCCAACAGUCAAGAUGGCGAGAUCUCACGCUCCCUCGACUCCUUGAAAGAGGGCAUUGAUGCCGUGGAAUCCGACUGCGCACGACUAGAAGAAGCCAACGAUGAAAGCGCCACCGAGAUGAGAGACCAGCUCGACCACCUAUACUCCCAGUAUCGAGACCUGACAUCCCAAUUCCGCGGCUCGGAUGGCGCAGCAGCAGACGAUCCCGUCGAGUUCACCAACAUCAAGAAGUCAUCACCGGAUCUGAAACAGCCCGUCCCGCAACAUCCAUCUUCCAAAUCAGUUCGUUUCAUGGACAAUGCCGCCGAAGAGGACGAUCUCAAUCGCCGCAACCUUUUCCAGCCAUACCGCGAUUCGCCCUCCCCACAGGGCGUCGACACAUCCAACAUGUCCAACCAGCAGGUCUACGAUCAUCAUGAGCAGAUCAUGCGCGAUCAAGACGAGCAGUUAGACCGACUUGGCGAAUCCAUCGGACGACAACACCAGCUCAGUAUCCAGAUCGGGGAUGAGCUUGAGGGCCAUGUUGCGUUGCUGGAUGACAUGGAUGGCCAUGUGGAACGGCAUCAGGGUCGGUUAGACAAGGCCAAACGCCGGCUGGAUAAAUUUCGGCGAAGUGCGAGUGAGAAUUGGAGCAUGAUGACAAUCAUCGGAUUGAUCAUCGUCCUCGUCAUACUGAUCGUCCUGCUCAAGUGA